CCCAAACCAUACCUUUUAGCUUUCAUUAGUGGAUCAUUGUAUUCUUCUUUUUUCUCUUUUAAAGCAUAUGAAGAGGUUCGGUUUCUGUGAUUCCUCCCCUGUCCCCUUGCUUUUCCUACACCAAUCCCAAUCCCAUUCAGAGGGGGAGAUGAUGGUGUACGGCGGCAGCGGAUGCCAGGCAACGUUGGAGGGAGUGGAGGAGGAGGAGGACAUGGCGGCGGCGGCGGCGGGGGAGGGGAAGAAGAGGAGGCUGAGGGCGGAGCAGGUAGGUGCGCUGGAGAGGGUGUUCGAGGAGGAGAGCCGGCUCGAACCGGAGAGGAAGGUGAAGAUAGCAGGGGAGUUGGGGCUGGAGCCGAGACAGGUGGCGAUUUGGUUCCAGAACCGGCGAGCCCGGUUCAAGACGAAGCAGCUGGAGAGGGAUUUCAACCUCCUCAAGUCCGAUUACGACUCCCUUCACCUCCGCUUCAGCAAACUCCAACAUCAAAGGGAUGCCCUUCUUUCCCAGCUAAAAGGGCUAAAAGAGAAGCUUCUUGUCAUGGAAGAGAAGGGUAGAGGAGGAGGAGAAGGGUCACCAGAGAGCGACUCGAGUGGCGGCGGAGUGUCGAACAGCGAAUUGGUAUUAGAUUACAGCGGCUUCAACUUGCAGCAGCCAUUAAUGGCGGCGGCGGAGGCUGCAAGAAGCUCUGCAAUUUACGUGGAGCAGCAGCAGCCGGAGUAUGUGAAGAUGGAGGAGGCAGAGCAGCAAAUGGUGGGUGGUGACUUUGUACUGGUCUGUAAAAAUGUUGAAAUGGGGAUACUGAACUUAAAGACUUUGAUGUUUCCAAUGGUGUACAAAAGGUUGUGUGAUGAAGAGGUUUUGGUCGGGAAGGCAAAGCUUAAGGGGAGUGGAGAUGUAGAUAGAAUUAAGUUUCACAUUGGAGAUAGAAUUGUGGAGUUUAAGAAAUCUGAUUUUGCGUUGAUUACGGGGUUGAAGUUUGGAAAGGAGGCUGAGUAUGGUGAUACUGACCUGGAAAAGGCAAACGACAUAAGUUCAAGGUAUUUCAAUGGGAAAAUGAGCGUGACCCGUAUACAAGUGGAGAAUGUGUUCAACAGUGUCAAGAACAGCAGAGGUAGAGAACGGUUGGAUGCUAUUAAAUUGGCUUUACUGAACUUCCUUGUGAAUUAUGUGGUGGGUAACCAGGGUUUGACAAAAAUCCCAGCGCUGUACAUGCAUCUUGUUGAUGACCUGAGACGUUUCAAUGGAUUUCAGUGGGGAGAGCAUCUGUGGAAUGACAUGGUGGAAAGCUUACGAAAAUGUUCGUCAAUUCUCAACACGGGAGAACAUUGCCGUUUUACAUUUCCAGGCUUCUUAUUCCCACUGCAGAUUUGGGCGUUUGAGACAUUCCCUUCUUUGCGUGAGAAUGGAAUAUGCAUUGUGGGACAGAAGAGGAGCAGUUUGUGGCCUAGGGCAUUACGCUGGGAGACAGACACCCCAUUUCUUGCAUUGAUGAAGACAUUAUGUGGGAGGUAUAUGAAUAAGGAACUUACAAUUGAGCAAGCAACGCGUAAUAAGUCAGUAAGAAGUACGAUCAUGGGAGGAAGGAUGGAAUAUGGUCGUCCGUGGCAGAGCGUAGAUUUUGUAUACAUGCCGCUGAAUACUGGGAACCAUUGGACAUUGUUGGUGCUGGACAUUAAAAAGAAGUUAAUCAGAACGUAUGACUCGAGCAGGAGGAGAAACGAUUCAAAUAGAAAGCUGCAGCCCUUUCUGCCCUGCCUCCAAAUGUUCCUUCCUAAGAUAAUGGAUAAGUUGGGCGUGUAUGACGGACGGGAGGAAGGUCCACUGGGAGAUGAAGUGUUGGCGGUUGAAGCUGGAUCAUGCUGCCCCCAGCAAGCCGACGGGUCAAGUUGUGGGAUGUUCGUGGUGAAGAUGGCUGAGUUUCUGAUGAUGGGGUGCGAUGUGGGCGAUAUGGAUGAUCAUAAAAUUGCUGCCUACAGGAAGAAGAUGACGGUGGAGUUGUUAGCAUACUCUGCCGUCUAAUGUUAUUGAAUCUGUGGUGCUUGAAAAUAAUGCCCUAGUCGAUGAUCUGUUUUUUUGAUAAUAUGCAUGUAGUAUCCAUGGUUGUGGUGUUUGUGUGCCACGCACAUUAUGAAUGCAUUUAAUAGUUGUGUUGAAUUAUUUUAGUAUUGUUCUUUACAUUUAUUUACAUAUUAUUAUCUAGAUAGAUCGGGAAACAAGUAGAGGGGGUGGACUUUGCUUCCCCCGUAAGUAAUAAAAACAUGGCGUGAAUGUUGAGAAAUGGUUAUUCUGGACAUUAACGACCUAAUGUUGAAUGUUGUUUUUUUAAAUUCAUAAUAUGACUUGAUAAUGGAUAUGGUAGUGGAUAACGUACAUUUUUUUGGGUGACAUGAGCUUGAGUAAAUACAAAUUGAAAAUGAGGAGUAAUCAAUCAUUUGGAGAAUUAAGAAAUGGUUACAGUUAUG